AUUUCCCAUUUAUGUUGGAAUCAUAGUGAUUAUGGGUUUAUGGUUAUUGAUAAAACUCGGGAAAUGAAUGAAGGAAGAUAUAGAUGUGGUUUUCAUACUUUUAUUAAAAUAAAAUAAAUGUAAGUAUAAAUAUAAAUAUAAAGUAUAACUGAAAUUAUAUACAUUGUGUUGUCAAUAGUCAUACGAUACAGUUAUAUUCACAUUAUUAUUUGAAAUGAUUAAAGAAAAAGUUUUAUUGGAAAAUUUAAUAACCUCAAAAAAAAAUAUAAAACGAAAAAUAAUGGAAAUGAAACGUGGUAUCAUAGAUUCCGACAACUAUUUUCGUGAAGCAUUUAAACCAAUAAUAGAACCAUUGAGCAACCAAAAAGAAAAGAAUACACAACCGGCUGAUGAAAUAAAACCGGAAACUUCAGACGUUAGUGAUGAUGAUAAUGAUAACGAAUUAAAUUCAUCAUUUUCAAAUUUUUUCAAUAAACGUCCUACAUCAAAACGAUAUGAUAAAUCAUAUGGUAUGUAUUAUGAUAAAGCCAGUGAUUCAUAUAAAAUAGGAGGCUACUCUGUAACUUUUAGUCAUGGUAACUUACAGUUAUUUAAUAAAUACUAUCCAUGGACUGAAGGACUAUGGUCUUUACUAUGUGAGAAAGAACCAAAAAAUACAACUCUACAAGAUAUGGAAUCUUAUUACAUUUUAAAAACUUCACGAGCUCAUUUAAAAGCAGAUGGGAAACCUAAAACCUCAAAGUUUCAUAAAUGGACGAAUGUUGUAAAACCUCUAUACGAUAGAAUGAAAAAUGAGGAAAAGCAAUUAAACGAAGAAAUAGAUAAAAUUAAUAACUCAAGAAAUCCUCGAUUAAGUUUAGCACAAAUUAACGAUCAUUUAUCUAGAUCUAACACUAAACGUAGUAAUAUUCAUAAUAAUACAACUAUACCAAAUGAUCCAUUUGAAUUUCGUCCAACAGCAAACAGUUCUAUGACUACAGAUCCAAAGAAUGAAAAAAUGUUUAACUUUACUGCAAUCCCAAAGGUUAAGAGAGGUUCUGGUUUAUAUAAAGAUGUAAUACCUCAAACACAAUUAGUUUAUUAUGACGAUCCGAAUGAACUAAAGAAUUACGCGAGAGAAAUAUUAUAGUAUAAUGACAAUCUUAACCAGUUUAGCUGAGGAGUUACAUGGACCAGCGAGAAAAAUAUUUCCUAGACGAAGCGUAGUAACACGGUUUAAAGAUGAUCUCUGGCAAGCUGAUUUAAUAGACAUGCAACCACAUUCUAGACAAAAUAAUGGUUUUAAAUUCAUUUUAAUUAUUAUAGAUACAUUUACCAAGUAUGUGUGGGUAGAAGCACUAAAAAAUAAAACAGCAAAGGAGUGUACAAAAGGUAUAAUAAAAAUAUUAAAAAAAAAUCAACCAAAAUUAUUACAAACAGAUAACGGAACAGAAUUUUACA